AUGAAAAUAUUAAAACCGGAAUGGAUAGUCGAGGAAAAGUCCCCGCUUAUUUCAUGCGACAUUCAUCCCGACGGCUCGAGAGUCGCUGUUGGAGGCUGCUCUGGCCAGGGAGGAGGCAAGAUUCAAAUAUGGAAUAUGGCUCCGAUCCUUUCAAAGAAAAAGGCAGAUGAUCCAACCUGCCCUAAACUUUUGUGCGCAAUGUUCAACCACAUGGCUUGCGUGAAUGUCGUCCGCUGGACAUUGUCUGGCAAAUAUUUGGCAUCAGGCGGCGAUGAUCGUCUCAUCAUGAUUUGGAUUUUCGCGGGAAAGUCGAAAAAGGACGGCGUCGAGGAAGAAAACUGGAAAUGCUUACAUCGAUUGCAAGGACAUGACGCGGAUGUUAUCGAUUUAGCUUGGAAUCGGAACGACAAAUAUCUAGCUUCUGGGUCAUUAGACAAUUCUAUAAUCAUUUGGGAUGUUGAUAACAAGUUUAACCAGAUUCAAAGAUUACGUGGCCACACGAACUUUGUUAAGGGCGUUACUUGGGACCCCGUUGGAAACUAUCUCGCAUCCCAAGGAGCCGACGGAACUGUCAGAAUUUGGAGUACAAUAAGUUGGAAGGAAGAGAAAUCAGUUUCAGGGCCCUUUAAAGACUCCAUGAAUGGACAUGUGAUGAGAAUAUCAUGGAGUCCAGAUGGUUUCUAUCUUCUCGCGGGCUCUGCGGUGAACAAUGGGGCUCCGACGGGACAAGUAAUUAGCCGAAAAUGGAUCACGACGUUCGACUUAGUCGGUCACCGAAAAUCAGUUUCUUGCGUUCGUUUCGCUCCCACUUGUCGAGAUACUCCCCCGAGCUUGAAUAUGCGCACUAAUAGAGUAAAGACGCCGGUCUGCGCUGUAGGCUCUCGCGAUUGCUCAAUAUCUGUUUGGAUGACCUCGCUCCUUCGGCCUAUAAUGGUUGUUCACGAUAUUUUCGACGACUCCAUUCUCGAUCUUUCUUGGGACUCUUCUGGGCUGAUCCUCGCGGCUACAAGUUGGGAUGGUGCCGCAGCUUUUCUUCACUUCAGGGAAGACGAAUUGGGUUCGCAAAUCUCCUACGCUGAUAUGAAUAAAAUGCUUGAAGAACAUUACGGUUCAACCGCUCAAGAUCUUCGAGAUAUUAUUAUUGAAAAUCCGGCUUUAAUACACCUGGCGCAAAACGGAAAUAAACCCGUGAUGCAAGAAGUCCAGCGCGGACCAACAAAACAAAUCGAAGUCAAGCGCAAGGAUGGCAAGAAACGAAUCACUCCUGCUUUUGUCACUGGGAUAUCAGCGAGUUCUGUCAAACCUUUUGGUAAUCCCACUACGCCACAGAAAAAGGCAACAAAUCCUCCAAAUGUGUCCUCUUCCGUCAAAAGUGUUUCCAAGGACGAUUCGAAAAAGGUUCCCGAAGAAGAGAACAAAGAAAACAUUAUCGUCAAACACGCCGACAAAAAUACUGAAGCUACUGCCGAUAACUUAGCUAAAGAGAAAACCACCAAAAAGAAAGAGGAUCAGCUGGAAGAUCUCAUGUCGUCAAGGCUUGAAAAGGCCAACGAUAAAAUCAUUCCAAAAACAAUUGCGAAAGAAGCACCACUAGCGUUAAAAGAAAAGCUGAAGGAGAAACCAAAAGAAAAAAUCGAAGUCAGCUUGCCAAGUUUUAACCGGCCAGCCAAAGAAGACGUCACAGAAGAAAAAGUUCGAGGGAAAAAGGGACGCAAGAAGAGAGGUGAGCCAGAAAAGAUUUCUGAAACAAGCGACCCAAAAAAGAGUGAUAAUGAAAAGGAUGAAUCUAAAAAACAAAAAGAUUUGAAGAAAGAAGAUUCUGACGAAGAAAUAGUUUCGCGUAAAAAAUUACCAGGCAUCACUCCGAAUCCUAGCGAGAUCAAAGCAGCUUUGAGCUCACUUCAACUGCGUAUUUUUUGCGAAGACGGGCGAACGAUCAUUGCUGAUGAAAAAUCAACAUGGAAAUCUGUUAUUGAUGGGUCCAUUGUCGCGCUCGAUGUUUAUAAAAGCAAAAUAAUUCUUUGCACGCUAGAAGGCGAACUGGUCUUUCUUUCGAAUGAUAGUGGAAGGCGUAGCGAUCUCACUGAGUAUAUCGGUUCAAUACAUUCAUUUGCUCUUUUUGAGAACAUGAUGCUUUUGUCAACAGUUGACGGAACGUUGUAUCUGAGAGAUCUUGAUCAAAAGCUACCUGACGUACGAGCAGAACUUGGUUGUAUUCCAAAUCCUCGUGAAGUUUGGUACUCAAAGAGGCUCAACGCUAUUAACAUAUCUACCGAAAGCGGUAAUGUUAUGCAAUGGAACGAAAAGUCGCAUCGCUGGUAUGUCGUCCACAAGGCAGCGUCGUUCGUCUAUAGUCGGACCCUUUUCAAUGAUCCGGAAAUACAAACGCACCUAGAAGAUCAGCAUCGUCAACCUGCAUAUGCGACUGGAAAACAUUUAAGCGAACUUCUCGCUGCAGGAUAUGAAGAAGAUCUAAAUCUCGCGAUCAAAAACGACGAUCCUAAUCAUUAUAGACAGGGCCUUAUUCAGUAUGCCGCGCAUAUAUCUCAACAUAAUAUGCGCCCACGACUGAAAGAACUCUGCGAUUUUCUUCUUGGACCAGUUCACCAGUCAGAAAGUGAUUGGGAACCAAAUAUUAUUGGGCUCUCCAAGCGAGUACUUCUCCGCGAUAUACUAAAUACAAUUCAAUCCAACAUUGCCUUACAAAGACUGUAUUCCGAGUAUGAUGAGCUGCUUGAUGUUUGCAAUGAAGUAGAAAGUGAAGUCAUGAGUGAAUAA